AAAACAAAAAUAUUCAGUAAAUUAUCAUAUAGAUAGUAAAAACUUAAACCAAAACAGGAAAUUGAUGUUAACCUUUGACCUCAUUUUCCACCUGUGAACGAGUGAAAGGUAGAGCUAGUGGUAAAAUGGAUCGGUGUUUGUUGCCCACGUUUCCACGGGUUCAGUCAGAAACGAAUGAAUGUUUGGAAGUGAUCUCAGACCCACAAACACCUACGGAUCUGGAUGAAGAGAGUCAACCCUCAACCGCCGCAGCAGUCCAGGAGAGACUUCUACUACCAGUACACAGAGUGUGACAGCACGGGGUCUCGAUGGAGGGUCGCCAUCCCUUUCAGUCCAAGCUCCUGCUCCAGCCUCCCUCCUCCCACUAGAGGAACCGACUGCUCCUUCUCCUGUCCAGCUGGGAUGUUCUUAGAGAUGUCCACACAGACGUGCACGCCGUGUGCAGCCGGCUCAUACUCCCUUGGCAGCGGGCUGCGGUUCGACCAAUGGGACGCUAUUCCUGCAGGCUUCACCAGCCUGGCCAGCUUCCUGGAUCCUGGUCCGAACGGAGAGGAUAUUCAGCCUUGCAACAGCUCAGCGUGGACGCCGCAGGGUGUAUAUCUGGAGUCUAACCGCGAUGAGUGCACUGUGUCUCUAAUCUACGCGGUCCACCUGGAGAAACAGGGAUCUGUAGCCUUCACCUACCAGUAUCCUGACAGCAACAUCUUCUUUGAGUUCUAUGUCCAGAAUGAGCAGUGCCAGGAAAUGGUCCAGACUGAUGACCAGAAGUGGAUUAAAGUCACCAGCAGUGGAGAGUGGGGCACGCACUCGGUGAGCCUGAAGUCAGGAACAAACAUCCUGUACUGGAGAACAACUGGGAUUUUAGUGGGAGGGAAGAUGGUCAAACCGGUGCUGCUGAAGAAUAUCCAGAUCGAAGGUGUGGCCUACACAUCGGAGUGUUUUCCAUGUCGACCCGGAUGGUUCAGCCCAAUUCCUGGCUCCUCGUCCUGCCAACCGUGUCCCAGUAACACGUACUCAGGGAAGGGAGCGUCCUCGUGCACACCCUGCCCUCAACACCACUUCUCACAAGAGGGAUGGGCAGAAUGUAAGGUGAGACCGCCGUGCUCAGAGAGGGAUUACUUCCAGAUCCACAUGGCCUGCGACAGCGAAGGAAAGACUCAGGUGCUGUAUCGCUGGGUGGAGCCGAAGAUCUGUGUGGAGAAUGUUGCAGGGGCCGUCCAGCUGCCUGCAACAGGACAGAGAGAACCCUGCCCACCGUGCAACCCCGGCUACUACAACAGCAACGACUCCACCUGUCUGCCAUGCCCACCUGGAACCCAUUCUGAUGGAACCUACGCGUGUGCCGAGUGCCCUGCAGGAACCGAACCAGUUCAGGGCUACGAGUAUAAAUGGUGGAACGUGCUGCCAUCCAACAUGAAGACUUCCUGUUUCAACGUGGGGAACUCCAAAUGUGAUGACAUGAACGGGUGGGAAGUUGCAGGAGACCAUGUGCAGAGCGGAGCAGGCAGUUCGGAUAACGAUUACCUCAUCCUCACCCUGCACGUCCCCGGCUUCAGGGUGCCAGCCUCACUCUCGGGAAUGACCGGAGGAGAGUUCGGUCGGAUAACCUUUGUGUUUGAGACCAUCUGCUCGGCUGACUGCGAGCUCUACUUCAUGAUGGAUGUGAACAGUAAGAGCACUACGGUGGUGGAGUCCUGGGAGGGCAGCAAGAUCAAGCAGUCAUCCUCCCACAGCACAACCAGAAACGCCUCUGUGACGUACACGUGGGCCUUUCAGAGGACCAGCCGCGCUCUAGACGUUCGUCACUACGUCAGCGACAUGGUGAAGAUCUACUCCAUCAGUGUGACCAACGUCCUGGAUGGGGUGGCGUCAUCAUGUCGGGCAUGCGCUCUGGUGCCCCAGAACUCCCAGCAGGCCGGUUCCUCCUGCAUCCCCUGUCCUGCUGGUUUCUACAUCGACAGAGACACCAACCGAUGCCAGGAGUGCCCCCCCAACACCCACCUGGCAGGGCGGCACACCUACGGUCGGGACGCCUGUAUCGCCUGUGGACCAGGAAGUGUCAGCAACAAGGAACAUUCCCGCUGCUACAGCAACUGCUCUUUCACCUACAUGGAGAACAACCGGACAUUGACCUUUGACCUCAGUCCCAUGAGCGACGUAGGUUCUCUGGUCAUCGGGCCAAGCUUCACCUCGAAAGGCACAAAGUACCUCCACCUGUUUAACGUCAGCCUCUGUGGCCACGAGGGAAAACGAGCCGCCGUCUGCACCAACAACGUCACCAACGUGUCAAGCAAAGACGACCAGAGCGACCUGACUCAGUUUGUCAAUGCGGUGGACAGUUUCAUCUGUCAAUCAACCAUCAUCCCCGCAGAUGGGCGGGGCUUCAGGAUGGCCAUUUCCUCCCAGUCCAUCAGCCUGGCAGACACUUUCAUCGGAGCAACGGUGGAUCCUGUUCUAAAUGGAGUAAAUGCCAAACUGGACCUGUUCCCGGAAAAUCUACAUGAUGUUCCAGACAUCAACUUCUUCUACAGGUCAACACAGGCCACAGCGUCAUGUGAUCAGGGUCGAAGUUCUGUCGUCACAGUUCGCUGUAGCCCGGAAAAGUCGGAGCGAGGGGAACUCUCCGUACCCAGCUCGUGUCCUGCAGGAACAUGUGAUGGAUGCACGUUUCACUUCCUGUGGGAGAGUGCCAGCGCCUGCCCCCUCUGCACCGAGGACGACUACCACCAGAUAGAGGGAGUGUGCAAAAGAGGCGUGCAGGAAACUCUUUUUGUGUGGAAGGAGCCAAAGUUAUGCACCAAGGGUGUGCCGCUGCCACCUCGAAGCUCCGCCCCCUGCGAGGUCAUUGCUCUGUGGCUAAAGGUGGGACUCGGAGUUGGCGCCUUUAAAGCCGUGCUGCUCGUCUCCCUCACGUUCUAUUUCUGGAAGAAAAACAAGAGGUUGGAGUACAAGUAUUCUCGUCUGGUGAUGUCCGCCAACAAGGAAUGUGAGCUUCCAGCUGCAGACAGCUGCGCUCUGGCUGAAGGGGAGGAGCCCGACGACGACGUGGUCUACACCCAGAAACCCUCCCUGCUGGGGAAGCUCAGGGCCAUAGCCAACAAGCAUGAGGUUGCAGAGAACAGCGAGUCUGUGCAGCUGAACCCUCAGUCUGAUCGAUGGGUCAUGGGAUAAAUGGCGACAAACACGGACAGCGAAGACUGGAAAGGUGUCUCUGUCCAACAUCUUUGUUUUUUGUGGGGUAAAACUGCAGAUCCCAGUUUCAGGACAUUCUGGUUAGUCCCCUUCCCUAUGGACGCUCAACAGCAGCAACUACAGUGGGAUGCUAAAGUUUGGCAGCUUUGCUAAUCUUCAUGAUCUUCUGGUAUGAAUCGCUGGUUGUUACGAUCCAGUUAAAUACAUCAUGUAGGAGACACACACCGUGAUGUUUGAGAAGUGAAGCCAAGUUUAUAGGAUUUACAGAAAGUGUGCUAUAACUGUUCAAACAAAGUUUAGGCAGGUGAAUAAAUGUGGGUACUGUUGUCAUUUUAUUGAUUCCAAAACUUUUAGAACUAGUUAUUUGAACUCAAGAUUGGUUCAGUAAGCUCAGUGACCCUUGACCUCCAUGCACAGGUGAAUCCAGGUAUGAGAAAGAGUAUUUGUAAGUGUCCCUCCUCUUUGAAUGUUCCCUGAAGAGCAGCCACAUGGGGCUCUCAAAACAGCUCCCUCAUGACCUGGAAGCAUGGUGUUCACCAUCACGGUUUAGGGGAAGGAAACGGAAAGCUGUCUCAGACAUUUCAGCUGUCUGUUUUCACGGUUAGGAACAUAUUGAGGAGAUGGAAGACCACAGGCACAGCUCAAGCGAAGGCUCGAAGAGGCAGACCGGGAAAAAUCUGGGAUAAACAAAAGAAAAGAAUGGUGGGAACGUUCAGAGUCACCCAUAGACCAGCACCGAGGACCUACAACAUCAUCCUUCUGCAGAUGGAGCCACUGUGCAUCGUUCAGCUUGUUGGUACUCUUUACACAAGGAGAUGCUGUAUGAGAGAGUGAUGCAGAGGAAGGCUUUUCUCCACCCACGGUACACACAGAGCUGCUUGAGGUUUGCUAGAGAACAUUUGGAUAAGCCAGCUUCAUUCUGGAAUUAGGUGUUGCGGAUUGAUGAAACUUAACAAAGGGUGUUAUGCAUGGAGGAAAAAGAACACAGCAUUCCUAGAAAAACGCCUGCCACCUACAGUAAAACAUGGUGGUGGUUCCAUCAUGCUGUGGGCUGUGUGGCCAGUGCAGGGACUCAUGGAUUCCUCUCAAUAUCAGCAGAUUCUGGAGACCAAUGUCCAGGGGUCAGCGACACAGCCGAAGCUGCACCGGGGCUGGAUCCUUCAGCAAGACAACAACCCUAAACACUGCUCAACAUCUGCUGAGGCGUUCAUGCAGAGGAACAAGUAGAAUGUUCUGGAAUGGUCACCUCAGUCCCCAGACCUGAAUAUUAUUGAACAUCUGUGGUGUGAGUUAAAGAGAACUGGCCAGAAGCCAUCAAACGUGAAUGAACUAGAGAUGUUUUGUAAAGAAUGACCAGCAUCCUGACUCACGGGAAGCUACAGGAAGCAUUUAGAGGCUGUUCUUUCUGCAAAAGGAGGAUCUUCUUAAUGUUGAGUUCAUUUCUUUUUUGCACCUGGCUAAUUUUGUUUAAACGAUUAUUACACACUUUCUGUAAAUCAUAUGAACUUUAUGUCACUUCUCAAAUACCACUGUGGGUCUCCUGUAUGAUACGUUUAGCUGGAAGAACGUAUCGUUGCAACAAACGAUUUAUACAGGAAAAUGGUGAAGCUGCCCAAACUUUCACAUCCCACUGUACACACGAAAUAAGCUUUUAAUGUUUUUGUACAUUUUGUAUUUUUUGUCUUGUUUUCUGUUCAGUCGCGUAUUUAUAUGAAGAAUAUUUAUUAAAUUAAUGUUUGACUUUA